AUAGGAUCAAUUUUGGAUUUUUCAUUCAAUGUUUCGAAAAAUAUGAACGCGCUGCUUAGACCAAAUUGAAGUUUAUUCAACAUCGAUAGUUGCGCUGAUAGAGUUGUCAGUUGAUUUGUUUGCUCGGGAAUCAGAGUUGAGCUCGCGUGUAUAGUAUUUAUAGUGCCUUUUCGUCAUACAAACUAGAGAAAACAAGAGCUGCGUCAGCACCUGUCAGCAUCAGUUUUACAAAUAUUUAAUUAUUUUUGUCUUGAAAACUCAAUAAAUUGAUUAAAUAAGGUAUAACUGCCUAGCAAUGCCGGAAAAACCAGUGAAAGCUGAACCCAAGCGGGAUGAGGUUGAAUUAGAAACGCAAAUGAUUAUGCGUAUGCCCUUGGAACCAGCCAGAAUACUGCGAGAAGCUAUCCAAACUGGAGCGAACAAUCUGAAGGAUAGGCUUACUAUUCGGCUCGACAAUGACCUUCGCUACGGGGAAGUUCGACUUGAUCAUUGGCUGCUACACGCUAAGGUUGUAGAUUUACCGACUAUCGUGGAAAGUUUGAAAACGAUCGACAACAAAAAUUUCUACAAAACAGCUGAUUUAUGCCAACUGAUGAUCUGUAAGGAGGAGCCUGAUCAACCUUCAGCAGAAGAAGAAUCCCCAAAUAAGAACAAAAAGAAGGAUCCUAACAAGGUCGACAAGAAGUUCCUGUGGCCACAUGGCAUAACACCACCAUGUAAAAACGUCCGCAAACGCCGGUUCCGGAAAACCCUGAAGAAAAAGUAUGUGGAAGCUCCGGAAAUCGAGAAAGAAGUGAAGCGGUUGCUUCGAGUAGACAAUGAAGCAGUCAACGUAAAGUGGGAACUCAUUACUGAGGAUGAGGAUCCGAACAAAUCAAUAUCGGAUUCGAAACACGAUGGUAAUGCUCCCAAUAAAAGUCCCACCAAGGGUAACAAGAAAAGCCACGCCAACAAGGAUGUUGGUGAACACGAUAUUUUUGGUGAGGAGGUGUCAGAUUCGGACGAGGAUGAAAAUCCGAUUAAUAAAAACAUCGAUAUCGACGAGAGCAGCCGACUCUCGGCCGAGGCGGAAGAUAGUCGACUGUCCGAUUCUAGCUCUUAUAUGGGAACGCAAUCCUCGGAUCGCAAUGCUGUCACCGAGUUCAGCAAGGGUAUGUUCAGCAACAUCAGCGCAAGUGGUGGUUCACGCUCGCGGAAGAACGAUUCGCUACUGGGAUCAAAAUAUGAAGACAACUCUCGUUUAGAUUCGGACAAUGAAUCGACCGAUUUUAUGGCGUCAUCGAAAGAUUCGCUGAGUAACCGAAUGUAUGAACUGCGUCGCCAGUUGAGUGACUUGAAAUCGCAAAGAAUUCAGAAGGAACAGGAAAUUCGAACAAUCGAAAAUCAAACGCUGCGCCAGCGCUUGCAGGAUAAUUUGGACAGUUUGUUGAGUCAAAUUGUAGAAAAAGAAAUGGAGAUUCAAUAUUUGGAACAGCAGUAGAUUGAAAUAUAAACAAUUAAAUAAUCGAUUUGAGAUAUUGAAAAAUAAAUACAAGCUGCAUAUCAGUUUAAA